UCCUUCUUGGCGUCUCAGUAACUGUUCUCGUUUCAAAGUAGCCACCGGAGUGGGCCGGGCGACUCAGAAGAGCCAUGUCCGCUCGCAGGCGGUCGGGCAGGCUCAUGGCAGCUCCGCGGGUAACGAGGCGUUCCCUGCGCCUGGAGAAGGUCAAUUUCCAAGAGUAUAAAGGAUUCCCUGCUCCGGAUGUGGCAACGCCUCGAACUCUAUUCCGGAAAGUCCUGCAGACCCAGCCAAUAGCCUCCCCUCUUGUUCCUGAAAAGGCUGAUUCCCCCAAACCAGUGGAGACAACGUUCCAGAUCCCUUCAAGGAAUGCUGCUGACAGCAACCUAGAGAUAAGUUUGUCUGACCCUGUUCCCAAAGAGACGCUUCGGCCUGCGCUUCUCAGAAAUGGGAAGAAGAAGAAAGUCCGGCUGUCUGAGUUUGAGAGAGGUCUGGCUAAGCAACUUCCCUCCACCACAGCGAAGUCAUUCUUGGACAACACAUCUCUGACUGGAUCUCUUCAGGUCUCCCUUGGAACCCCAGUUUCACCACCGCCCGAUGGAAAAAGAGGCUUAAUCCGCAGGCCUAAGAGUUACAAAGGGGUUAAUGUGAUGACUUUCGAAGGAGGCAUGGAACAAAACUUGCAGCAAAUAAAAGGCGCACAAAACCACUAUGUAGGCUUGCAUGUUUCAGACCGAUCGAAUGCCACAGAUACUAUGCAGGCUGACACAGAACUCUUUGCCCAGUCUCAACUCAGUAGUCAGAACAGACCGGGGCUUCCUGUUCCCCCAUCUCAGCCUGCUUCUGCAAGGAAGUCUUUACCCCAGGAGAACACGCUGUCCUCUGCUGCAGACCUUCAGAUACCUCAGCAGGGUGCAGACUCUGAUAUGGACGUUGGUGUGGCAUGGCAGGACCAAAAAGACAUUUCGAUGCCAAGCUUUGAAUGUGCUGAUGGCACGGAAGAUGUGCCCGAGGGAAGAACUGAGAGUCCAAGGGAAGAUGAACAUGAGAGAGAGCAAGCUAUCGAGAGAGGAAUGGUGUCAACACCCACCACUAGAGAUGCUCCUGAGAUGGAUGCUGUGCCCCAGCAAAGCUCACUGUCCCCAGAGAGAGAGCAGCAAGAGAGCUUGAAUGGAAACCAUCUCACGGAGCGAGAAGAGAGCCUGCAUUCCAAUAAUCUUGUGGAGCUACAUUUGAGUCCCGAGGAGCCUCUGUCUAGUGGUAUUUCUACACCUAAGCCAUCCUCACUGGUUGAUGAUAAACUCUCAGCGGUACCCACAGGCAGCCUGCGUGCCUUUGUGCAAGAAAAGCCUACCAAGCGUUCGGUGAAAGCAAUAGUGGCACACAUAAUCGAGGAGUUGGAUAGAAACAUGGCUCCACAUGUUGUGGAUCAGGGUGUGUCGGGAGCAGACCUAGAAAAGGAGCCUUCCCCCAGCAAAGAGGCUGCUCAGAUUUCUCAAAGGACUAGAACUGGGAGUCUGACGAGGAGUGUAAGUGGACGGGAUGCUGAGCUGUUAGAGAGGGAAGCUUUAGAAGAUGGAGCAAUUCAGCAAUCUGGAAGUAAACCAAGAGAAGUGUCGGUCUUGGAAAGCGAAGCAGCUGUGGUGUCUGAAAUUGAAAUGGAACCUGAAGUUGAGGAUAUAUCAGAGGCUGAAAUGGACUCUGAGGAUAAUGAGCCUCCAGUGAAGACACCAGCGUUUGUACGCCUGAAAGCCUUCCAGUGUUCCCCGUUGCUGUCCAGCCCAUACACUCUAAAAGUGGCUGCCUCCAAGUCUGCUUCAGAACAGCCGUCAAAGAAGCAAAUCCCAAAAGAAUCUAAGAAGGCACGCAGAGCAAAACGUGAGCCGGGUCUCUCCAGCAACUGGGUAAAAAAGAUAUUCAGCCACUAUGCAAGGAUGCCGGUGGCUAAAGAUGCUUUCCAGGCUGUGGAGAAGUGUGUGAACCUGUACUUCAAACAUCUGAGUGAUGACCUGGAGGCCUACACAAACCAUGCUAGGAGGAAAACGAUCGAAUCGGCAGAUCUGGAGCUUCUCAUGAGGCGGCAAGGGCUGAUUACUGACAAGAUGCCUUUAAAUGUCCUAAUAGAGCGUCACUUGCCUCUGGAGUAUAGGAAAUUACUAAUUCCUGUUGCCACCAGUGGAAAUAAAGUCAUCCCGCUCAAUGCACGGUGACAUUUCGGCAGAGUGUCUGAUGCUGGAGACAGAUAAGACCCCACUUGGUGAAAGAUAUGUGGGGCUAGAACUGGAGUGGACAGAGCCCUACCAAACAGACUUGGCUGUACAUAGAGGGGAUGUGGAAAACCUUGACAUUAUGAAAAAUUUCUCUGAUGCCCUUCCCCCAAGUUUUUGUGAUACAGAAGCUAUGUUGUUUCUUUACUUGUACUGUGGUUGUAAAUAAAAUGAUGUUUUG